AUGAAUGAAACAACCAUCCUGGAGAUGGUCAAGGGCAUCCCUAACAUUGUCAAACUCAUAGACCAUUGGGAUGCAUAUUACAAGGGGGAGCCUGACUGCACAGUGCUCAUUCACAGCCAAUACGACAUGGGCCAUCAGGAUGACUUGAUUUGCUUAUCACACGAUGAUUGGGAGGCGAGUUUUGCAAUGGGGACCUCAGUCCCAAUAAUUUUGUUGUUCAUGAUGGGGACCAUGCCCUACAUUUCUAUCUAUAUUCUUCAGGCUAUGCUGGAUCUAGCUCCACCCGAGGUUGACGCCGACAUCCCAGGCCAGGAUACUGAUCCGAACGAUCUGGAUGAUUUUGAGGUGGACAACAACAUUGGCCUUAUUCCACAGGCUGCCAAUACUCUGCAGAAUGUUGAUGUUGAUACAGUUCUAAUCGAACACUGGCCCAGUGAUGACCUCGAGUCCUUAUUUUAUAUUUUCUUCAAAUUUGUUGCUAAGUAUGGGGUGCCACAUGGCCAAUUGCCACCCACCUGGUCCCAGUGA